ACCAUUAGCUUUGUCACCAAAACUGCAUAAUUUCAUAGGGUUGCCACCUCCACUACUGCUACUACACCCCACAUAUGUCAAUCAAAACUCUUUUGGUCCAUUCAAGGCUCAAGUAAUUUUUGAUCUUUUUCUUAUCAAUCUUUUUCAUUACAGAAGAUUAUAAAAUUCAUGCAUUAGGAUUAUACCCAUAGAAAGCUUGCAUAAAAAGAUUUGACUCAGCGUCAUGCUCGCUUCUCCACACUUUCCUAGAUAUUUCCUUGCAUCUAGCCAUAUUCUCCGCUCACCAAUUCUUUCAGAACAACUCAUUGUUUGGUUGUUGAUAAGCAACAAUCUCAUCCUCUUGCUCUUUUACAGAUUCAUUUCUCUUCUAUUUCCUCGAUCCGAAGGCUAGAACUCUUAUUUUUGUUUCUGUUCGCUGGAAAUCAAUUCUCAGUUCGUAGAUAUUAUUCUUUGUUUGGUUUGCUCUUUCAGAGUUCUUGGGUGUACGUUGAGUGAAAUCAUGGGUUUGAGUUCUAAGCAGGUUUCUGGUGAUAGGCUUGAUCAUUGGAGCCAGACCUUGUUGGAGGCUCAAACUUUAGAGCUCCCAAAGCCUCCUCCGAUAAGGCGACAGCAGCAGCAGCAACAAUCCGAGCCGUUAAAGUGUCCAAGGUGCGAUUCAACAAACACCAAGUUCUGUUACUACAACAACUAUAACCAGUCCCAGCCACGGCAUUUCUGCAGAACUUGUAAAAGGCAUUGGACCAAGGGUGGAACUCUCCGCAACGUUCCUGUUGGAGGCGGCCGCAAGAAUAAUAAGAGGCUGAAAAAAUCAACAACUUCUGGCUCCACCAGUACCAACUCCAGCGGUAUUGCAGCCACCACAGCCACCAAGAACAGCGAUGCCAAUAAUAGGCUCAAGAUGCACAUGACAUUUCAAGCUCAGCAGCAGAUGCAGAAUCUUCCGCUUUCAAAUAUUGAUGGUCAGAAACGCAAAAUAUCUGAUAUCUUCCACCAGGCUUUGCUUCGUCCACCAUCUUUUCCGCCACAAAAUAACUUGAUCAGCUGCAGCAACUUGGAGAGCAAUAAUUUCAGUGGCAACAACAUAUAUUUGGACUCAACUCCGCGUCCUCCUCUAGACCAAAACCAACACUUUCCCUUCUCAAGUUCAAGCUCUUUUAACACAAACCCAUGUUCAAUUUCAACCUCUUUCCAGUCCUCAAAUGUAAUUCAUAACUACACUGAAGAGUUGAAAACCAUGGAGGAGCCAACCAUUACCAACAUCAUGGGCAAAACAAGCAGCACCGCCAUUCAACCAUGGCAAAUACCUACAACAAGCAGUGGCAUGGAUACGUCAUCUUACUGGAAUUGGGAUGACAUUAAUACCUUUACCUCUACUGAUCUCAAUCUACCUUGGGAUGAUUUUGAAAUCAAACCAUAAAAGAGUUUUAACCAUGUUAGCAGUCUACAAGUUUGCAUCAAUGGGUGUUUAAUUAUUUAUGUUUGUUAGAAGAAAGUUCUUUUCCAGUGUCACAGGUUUUAUGUUCUUCUUCUACUGGUCAUAAUCUCUGUUGUACGAUCUGUAGACUGUAAGCGUAAGAGAAAGAUGUAUACUGUUUGAAGCGGUCCUUUUUUUUUUCAGUUUCAGCUUCAGGCUAAGGUGUCCAUCAGUAUAUGUCCCUCUCUUAUCAACCACUUUCCUCUGAUGGAAUCAUGGAUUAGUGUCGUGUACGUAAGGAGCUUAGUUUUGUUCUUAACCAUAGAUGUUGAUGGAAUUUCGAGGAUUGCUUUAGAUGAUCACAGAUAGAAGGGUCUCCGGCAGUCCUGAUCUGAUAGAAUGUGACGGAAGAUUCUUGUGGAUAUAUAUGUAUAUUCGGAUUGAUUUGGAUUGUUUGUUCCUGACCA